CUCUGUUUAGCUCAAAACUGUAUGACGGUGGGAAGCCGCUGAAUUUGUGUUUGCCUUGAGAUAUUGAGGGCUAAAGUGUGCACAGCAGUUAGUGAGAAUAAGAAGAAAUCAAGGACCAUGGCAGAAACUUUUGAGCAUGUCCCAGGUAUCUCACGAAGGAUGCAGUGCAGUAGAAAAUGAUAUUUCAUCAACUUAUCUGCGUGCAGACUCCAGUACCAAAUCUGUCUCUGUUGUGACAGAAAGCAUAAUAAACAAUGUUAAAGAAAAGUUGCCUGAUCAAGGAGACAAUAGCUUAUCUUCUGGUGUACCACUGAAGGCAUCCAGUGGUGAAAAGGAGAAAAUGAGAGAUAAUAAAAUCUCCUGUGGUGUAUCAACGAAUGUCACGUUCACAUGUAGCACUUGUUUCAAACAGUUUUUAUCAAAAUCAGCCCUUAUCAGACAUGUCUUUAUUCACUUGCCUGAUGCACCAAAGCCAGGAGAUAUAUGUGAACUAUGUGGUGAAGUGUUUCAAUCAGCAGAAUUUCUUCAAAGACACGUUGUGUCAUUCCAUGUUGGAAAAUCUGUUAGGAAUGGUGCAUUGAUUGGACAGGAUAGUGAAAUACCUGUAACAAAUAGUCCUUGUGAAGAUUCUUUUGAACCACCAAGGAAAAAACAGCGCUGUGUGGAUACAACUGGCAAUAUUCUCAUCUGUACUCUUUGUGACAAGAGUUUUUUGCGUUUAGACUUACUCCGGAAGCACUACAUGGUACACACGGGUGAGAAACCAUAUCGUUGUGAGGUAUGUGGCAAGACAUUUGUCCAGAGAGGUUUGCUUGGUAGGCAUCAGUUUGUACAUAGUGCUGUGCAACCAUUUGCAUGCAACUCAUGUCCUGAACGAUUUUCAAACACACAAGCCUUGAGACAACACACUCUUGUUCAUACCAGUGGAAGUGGUUUAGUGUACAAUUGUGAGAUGUGUGGUGUACCAUUUACUGAACAUGCUGGCCUUAGACGUCACUGGAUGAGCCACUCAGGAGAAGAUCCUUACCAGUGUGAUAUAUGCAGCAAGUCAUUUGCUCAUCCUGGUCACCUUAGAAUGCAUCGGCUUGGUCAUCUUGAAGAGAUACAAUUUUUAUAAAAUCUUUGACAGUUAAAUCUUUUGUGCUAUUCAUUCUUAAAUCCAAGAUACACACCCAAGUUUCCCCCUUCCAACAGUGAAGCAGUCAUGAGUAGUAUCUGUAAAUGUGGACUGUAGUUACAGAUCAUCAUCAUCAUCAUCAUCAUCAUUACCGAUUUGUGUCCUCCUUGACACUGUUAAUAUUGUUGUUGAUUAAUUUUUUUUUUCUUUUGAAAGUUUGCAAUUAUAAGACUCAUUAUUAUAUCCUUGAUUGCUCUCCUCACUAUUCCCUACGGUUAUUUCUUGACCUCCAACUGCUUCAGAAUUAAUGGAGGCAAAAAGUAUAGACUUGUUUUAUCAGUUGUUCUUGGGUGGAAUAUUGAACCAUUAAUUUUACAUUAAUCUUGACUGUCAGUCAGUUAGUCAGUCAGUCAGUCAAUGCUGUUAACUUGUUUAAAUGCUUUAGCUGUAAUUAAAUAAUUAAUUGUUACAGCUUUUAUGUUGAUGGCUGCUUUGUUUUAAGUUCCUAAGUGUAAUUAACCGCCCAAAAGUUUUGUGUGUGAUAGAGAGAUGAAUUUUCAACAAAGUGAAGUACCAAUAAAGUGUGAUUUGCAACAAUCUAAAAAUGUUGUAAGCAUAAUUUUUUAUAUUCAAAACAGUUUGUGUUAAACACUAUUAAAAUUAUGUUGCUAGGACUGCAGAAUAAACAAAAUUAUUAAU